ACCAUUUUUGCUUGGGGUCUUAAACCCUCAAAACCCUCGCAGCAAAACCCUAACCCCAGUAGCUGUACGACUAGCUAGGGCACGGAUUUAGCGCCAUGAAUAACCUGAAACUCUACUCGGAGGUCUCUCUGAACCUCCAGUUACAGUCCACACAAGAAGAGCUCAUCCUCUUCUCCGCCUUCGACAUCGAGCAGAGCCGCCUCUUCUUCGCCUCCUCCGCCAACAACAUCUACGCCACCCACCUCUCCUCUCUCCAGCAUGAGAGGGCGUGGAGCAAGACCUCGAUUCCCGCGCAGGUCACUCGGAUCGAGCUGGAUGAGGCCGAGGACUCCAUCACUUCGUUUGUUUACCUCAUGGAGAAAGAGGCACUCUUGGUUGGGACCAGUAAAGGCCUUCUGCUGCUGCAUAGUGUGGAUGACAAUGCCUCGCAAGUCGUCGGCGGCGUCGACGGCGGCGUGAGGUGUGUUUCGGCUAGUCCCGAUGGAGAUGUUCUGGCUAUAAUUACCGGGACUGGGCAGAUACUGGUGAUGACUCUGGAUUGGGACUUGCUGUAUGAGACUGCACUUGAGGAUGUUGCUGACGAUGGCAGCCGCAUAUGUGAUCUAAUAUUGUCGAAUAUUGAAAGCCCCAUUGCUUGGCGCGGUGAUGGGAAAUACUUUGUCACACUAAGCGAGGCGUUGGAUUCUACCUCUUUGCUUAAGAGGCUUAAGGUUUGGGAGCGACAUUCAGGGGCGUUACAUGCUGUUUCGGAAUCAAAGUCGUUCAUGGGUUCAGUGGUGGACUGGAUGCCAAGUGGGGCGAAAGUUGCAGCUGUUUAUGAUAGGAAAGCGCAAAAUGAGUGUCCUUCAAUAGUGUUUUAUGAGAGGAAUGGGUUAGAAAGAAGCCAGUUUAGCAUUAAUGAGCAAGUUAAUGCAACCGUAGAAUUUCUCAAGUGGAAUUGCAGUUCAGAUCUUCUUGCUGCCGUUGUUAGAUGUGAUAACUAUGACUGUGUCAAGAUUUGGUAUUUCAGUAACAAUCACUGGUACUUAAAAUCUGAAAUUAGAUACCCAAGACACGACGGAGUGAGGUUUGUCUGGAAUCCAACAAGGCCACUGCAGUUAACAUGUUGGACUCUUGGCGGCCAGAUUACAUCUUACAACUUCAUAUGGAAUUCAGCCGUGAUGGAGGACUCAACUGCAUUAGUAAUUGAUGACUCCAAGAUACUUGUGACCCCCCUUUCUUUAUACUUAAUGCCACCUCCUAUGUAUUUAUUCAGCCUUAAAUUCUCGAGUGUUGUCCGGGACUUUGCCUUCUACUCCAAGAAUUCUAAGAACUGCUUGGCUGCUUUUCUAUCAGAUGGCUGUUUAUGUAUUGUAGAGCUUCCCGCAACUGAUACAUGGGAAGAUCUAGAAGGCAAAGAGUUCCUUGUUGAAGCGUCCAGUUCUGAUUCACCAUUUGGUUCAGUUUUGCAUCUAAUAUGGUUGGACCCCCAUAAGAUUCUUGCUGUUUCUCACCAUGGGUUCAGUCAUAGUAAUUACUUGCCUCAGACUUCACUUGGUGAGGAAGACCUUGGUUUUUAUUUGCAGGAAAUUGAGCUUACAUGCUCUGAGGAUCAUGUCCCAGGUUUAUUGACAUGCUCAGGAUGGAAUGCUAAAGUCUCCAGUCGAAACUCUCUAGAAGAGACCAUUAUUGGAAUUGCUCCUAAUCCUGCUUCAAAAGGUUCAGCAUUUGUUCAAUUUGAUGGUGGAAAGGUUUAUGAGUAUGUUCCAAAGUUAGGCAUCUCCCGAGGGGCUUCAAAACUUGAUUGGAGCUUCUCAUCAACUUGCCCUUGGAUGAGUGUGGUUCUAGUUGGAGACAGUGUGUCAUCGAAACCUCUGCUUUUCGGACUUGAUGACAGUUGUAGGCUGCACGUCAGUGGAAAGAUAAUAUGCAACAACUGCAGUAGUUUUUCAUUCUACUCAAAUUUGGCUGAUCAGGUGAUCACACAUUUAAUUUUGGCAACUAAGCAGGAUUUGCUUUUUGUUGUUGAAAUAUCAGAUGUAUUGCAAAAAGAACUUGAGAUAAAACAUGAGAACUUCAUCCAUGCUGGUAAGAAGAAAAGAGAAGAAAAUAGAAACUUUAUAAACAUAUGGGAAAGAGGUGCCAAAGUUGUUGGUGUCGUUCAUGGAGAUGAAGCCGCUGUCCUGUUGCAACCGUCUCGUGGCAAUCUAGAAUGCAUUUACCCAAGAAAGUUGGUCCUGGCCUCUAUUUGCAAUGCAUUGGUCCAAAGGCGUUUUAGAGAUGCACUUCUCAUGGUGAGGCGUCAGAGGAUAGAUUUCAAUGUCCUUGUUGACUAUUGUGGUUGGCAGGUGUUUCUUCAAUCAGCUGCAGAAUUUGUCAAGCAGGUCAAUAAUUUGAACCACAUGACUGAGUUUGUUUGUGCCAUAAAGAAUGAAGAUACUACAGAGACGCUAUAUAAGGAAUUUAUUUCUUCACCCUCUCCUAAAGAAGCUAAAGAUGUGCAAUCGCACGACUCCAAGGGUUUUGAUUCCAAUAACAAGGUAUCUUCUGUGCUGCUGGCCAUUAGGAAGGCUCUUGAGGAUCAAUUACCGGAAACUCCUGCAAGGGAGCUUUGCAUUCUGACCACUCUUGCUCGUAGUGACCCCCCUGCACUUGAUGAGGCUUUAGAGAGAAUAAAAGUUAUCCGUGAGGCAGAAUUGUCAGGUUCCAAUGACCAAAGGAGAAUGUCUUACCCCACUGCUGAAGAGGCUUUGAAGCAUCUCCUAUGGUUAUCUGAUUCGGAAUCUGUUUAUGAGGCAGCUUUGGGCCUUUAUGAUUUGAACCUUGCAGCUAUGGUGGCAUUGAAUUCUCAGCAGGACCCUAAAGAAUUCCUUCCUUUUCUUCAAGAAUUGGAAAGUAUGCCUGAUACUUUAAUGCGCUAUAACAUUGACCUUCGGCUGCAGAGGUUUGAGAAGGCCCUCAAGCACAUUGUUUCUGCAGGAGACACUUGCUAUGCAGAUUCUAUGAACCUGAUGAAGAAAAAUCCUCAACUCUUUCCACUGGGACUUCAGCUGAUUGCUGAUCCUAACAAGAAGAGGCAAGUUCUCAACGCUUGGGGAGAUCAUCUUAGCAGUGAAAAAUGCUUUGAGGAUGCUGCUACCACUUAUUUGUGCUGCUCCAGUUUUGAGAAGGCUUUGAAGUCGUACCGUUCUUGUGGUAAUUGGAGUAAGGUGCUUACAGUUGCCGGGCUUCUAAAACUGGGUGAAGAUGAGAUAAUGCAACUGGCUCAUGAGCUAUGUGAAGAAUUGCAAGCUCUUGGUAAACCAAAGGAAGCUGCCAAAAUUGCGCUGGAGUAUUGUGGUGAAAUUAACAAUGGGAUGAGUUUGUUGAUUAGCGCAAGGGACUGGGAGGAAGCUUUAAGAGUUGCUUUAAUGCACAAUAGACAGGAUUUGAUCUCUGAGGUGAAGAAUGCAGCUUUGGAAUGUGCAGUCUUGCUGAUUGGUGAAUAUGAGGAAGGUUUGGAGAAAGUAGGGAAGUACUUGGCUCGCUACUUAGCUUUAAGACAAAGAAGGUUACUCCUUGCUGCAAAAGUCCAGUCAGAGGAACGGUCAAUGAACGAUCUUGAUGAUGAUACUGCAUCAGAAGCUAGCAGUAAUUUCAGUGGAAUGAGUGCUUACACCACUGGGACUAGGAACAGCUCUGCCACUUCCAUGAGAUCAAGUGCAGCUAGCAGGGCAAGAGAUGCCAGGCGUCAGAGAAAGAAAGGAAAAAUCCGUGCUGGCAGUCCUGGUGAGGAGAUCGCUCUUGUAGAUCACUUGAAGGGGAUGCCUCCAACAAGUGAAGCACUCCAGGAGCUAAAAUCUUUGUUGCAUACGCUUGUGAUGCUUGGCGAGGUUGAAACUGCAAGAAAGCUGCAGAAGGCUGGAGAGAACUUUCAACUGUCGCAUAUGGCAGCAGUCAAACUAGCCGAAGAUACAGUAUCCACUGAUGGCAUAGAUGAGCACACACAGACUUUGGAGCAUUAUACACAAAGUAUUAGAGAUGUAGUGCAAAACUCCGAGGCUUUCUUUUGGCGUUGUAAAGUAUUUCUUUCUCCUUGAGUCUUCUGGUAAAUUUCUACUACAAGAUCUUUUGAGACAGCUUGGAGACUCAUUUUAUGUGGAUGAAAUGUGCAUCUCUGCUACCAAGGUUUUACAACUCUGCAGACUUCUAUAUGAUGCCUGUAUUGGGGUCGGGGAGACGGUGAAGAAUGAUCAUUAUUUGAAGUGAUGGGCACUUUGGGACAUUUCUGGGGGAGCUUGCACUCCCGAGUCCUGAUCCUCCCAUUCCGCCCCGAUUCGGUGCACUCCAUGUCUCCAUGUAUUGUUUUCUGAAGGAGCAUAAAGGGUUCGAAUUCCAGUUCUAUCAAUGUAGCAAUUGACCCUCAUUUUUAUCUCAUUAUAAUGAAUCCAAAAAUAUCCUUAUUAUUUUCAUUAA